AUGGAGCAAGACAAGCGCGCGGCCCUUGACCUAUCCAAGGGGGAGGAGCAGGAGCAGGGGGGCGAGGUGGUCGGUGCCCAGGGCCUGGUGCGCGGAGCCGCUUCGCCGGAGCAAGAUGACGUCCUGCCCGCGGACAAUGCCAGCCAUGUCGAUGCGGGAUCGGAGAGCGACAAAAAGGAGGAUCCUGAGGAACCCUUGCCGGAGGAGUCGGAGGGAAGCACCAAGAAUGAAGACCAUGUGAUGCCCCAGAAACCAUCGGCGACUCGCGUCGGAUAUCGAUCCUUGCGCGCGCGCCCGACGCCCCCAUCCCCCAUUCGCCGCCUGCCAAUGCGAAGAAGGAAGCAGUAUGGCCCGACUCAAUCGAUCGCCGUGGGAGACGAAGCAUCGGAGCAGAAGGAGGACGACACGGUUGACAAGUCGAAAUCUGACGAUGGCAAGAAAGGCACUGACGAGAAGGAUGCGGCGGCGCCAGCGCCCUCAUCAUGCCAGCUACCUUCUCGCAGACGCAGCAGGAAGCAGCGCCGCCCUCUUCACUUCAUCCCAGAGGAAGCCGAGGCCAUAGCCCGCUCCGAGGAUAGUCGGAGUAACAUUGUUUUUUGGAACAGGUUCCUCACUUACCUAACCCGCGUCCCGCCGGAACAGAGGCCGGAGUGGGUGAGGAGCAUCACGGGAGACGGUGUCCGUGGCCAAGGGCCGCGUGGCGUUGAUAGCACCAGGACGGCGUCUGGGAGCGGUCCAGAAGAGCUUGAAGAGACCGCAAGAAUUCUCGCCGUCCUCGGCGCUUCUCUGGUGCUCAGCGUGCUCUCGCUCGUGCUCUUCUACAUCGCCAACCAGAGAACAGAGCAUGGUCCGUCUGACGAGCAUCAGAAGAAGUUUGCAGUUUCUAAAUUUGCAGUUCGCAUUGCUUCACCGGAGCAGGAGGACGUCCUGCCCACGGACAAUGCCGGCCAUGGCGAUGCGGGGUCGGAGAGCGACGAAGAGGAGGAUCUUGAGGAACCCUUGCCGGAGGAGUCGGAGGGAAGCGCCAAGAACGAAGACCAUGUGGUGCCUAAGAACCCAUCGGCAACUCGCGUCGCAUAUCGAUCCUUGCGCGCGCGCGCGUCCGACGCCGCCAUCCUCCAAUCGCUGCCUGCCAAUCCGAAGCAGGGAGGAGUAUGGCACGACUCGCUCGUUUUCCAUGGGAGCCGCAUCGUCGGAGCAGGAGGACGCCUCGGAGAUGGACAAUGCCGGUGCCAUGACUCUGCAGGGUCGGAGAGCGACGAGGAUCUUGAGGAACCGCUGCAGGAGGAGUCCGGGGAGGUCGCUGCGUUGGGCAAUGAAGUGCCCAAUAACCCAUCGGCGACUCGUGUCGGUAAGCAUAUCGAUCCUUGCGCGCGCGCCUGA